AUGUAUGAUGCCACCGGUGACGCUACCACAUUUCUCCUCACGGUCAUGGUGCCAUUGUUAGCAAUAACUCUUUUUGAGACGAAAAGACAGAAAAACAAAAAUGUGCGCACUGUUUUAGACGAUUUCAUAAUCUACGUUAGCCUCCUCACUCCUACUGGCUUCUUUUAUUUCUACAUCAUAAAAGACGAUAUUACUCACACCAAAAUCAUUGGGAUACUUAUCGCCUUGGUCCCAGCGAUGGUAAUAUUAGCGUUUGAAAUACUUUAUAUCAUGAAAGAAAAUUUAUUUAGACGGUCUAAGAGAUGUUGGAGUACCAUCUAUGCAUUUCUCUUUGUCGCUAAUGUGUUAGCAGUGGGAUUUGUUUAUGCAUCUGAAAUAGUGAGUAAUAUUCGUCAAAUAAAUCCUUAUUUCUUGGCCCCUAUUUGUGAGGGACCUUUCAAAUCUUUCAGGUGUGGACUUUCUAGUAUAUUGCUCACAACAGCCUUGGGACUUAUCUCAACUACAUGCCAUGCAAUAGUCAUAGGUAUGUUAACGCUUGUAGUGGGGUGGCCAUUGAGCAAUAAUGUGUAUGUAACAAAGGUAGUAUUGGCUAUUGGUGCUUUAUCUAUAACUCGAAUAAUUAAUCGUUUCAAGGAUUUUGAUGGCGAGACUAUAAACGACCAAGGACAAAGCGAGAAACCUAAAAGAGUUUUUGAGGUGGAAGUAUAUGACUUACCUGAAAUUCAUGAAUGUAUUAAUAGUCAAAAACCUUUAAAAGCUGUGAUUAAUAUAGAUGCUUUACAAGAAGAUAUAGAAACAACUGAUGUUAAGACGCAAGAAGUCAAGUAUAAUAAACCUAUUAUAGUAACAGAAACAUACGAGAAGAGGUAUAUAAAACCAUUAACUAAUGAAGGUGAUAUUUAUGUUGGAUUACCUUGGGAAACAGGAAAAACAUAUAUUUUUAAAAAUCUGGCUAUUUCUGAUAAUGUAGGUAUGGUAGUUUCUGUCAUGAAAUUCGUUCCUAAAUCUGAAGAUACUAUAAUAUUACUAUCCCAAGCAGUGAAAAUGAGUUCUUCUAUUGUUAAAGCAGAGGAGAUAUCAGAUAUAUCUAAUGCUUCUAUUAUCAAUCAUGAGACUACUAAAUUAUUGGAGAAUAAGCCAAAGAAGACUUUAGAAGAGAUGCACUCUUUAGACCAGCAUCAUAUUGUGAAAUGCUAUAGGAUUUUACCUGAAUUACUAACCGAAAACUUCAUCUUAAAAUAUGGAAAUUACAAUUACAUGAAAUGGUUUAGAGUUUAUAGAUAA